GUGGAGGCGCGCGCUGAACUUUUGAAAAGAAUUGUUGAUUCUGGCACGUGAGCGUUCUAAAAAAAGUUCGUUUUUUUACUGUAACGGUUGUUUUGACUGAGCGACAGAAUGGAGGCGGUUAGACUGGCUUUCUGAGGGGAGGCUCGGAAAGAAACUGACCUAAAAAAAGUGAGUCCGCAUCGCAGAGUCCAGCCUUCGGCUACCGUUCUAUGAAAAUCUCGGUCUUUCUGCUGGUGUGGAGCACCGUGGCCUCAGAGCGCGGGCGUGUUUGUACGCCAUGGCCGCCCAUCUGGUCUCUCCGAGCAGCUACUCUCCCCCUCAGGCAGAGCCGGGCUCCAACAGCGAGCGGAGCGCUGACUCUCCGCUGCACGCCUCCGAGGACGACUCCAGCGGCCACGUCUCCCCGCCAGACCCGUCCUGGACGGAGGAGAGGUUUCGGGUGGACCGCAAGAAGCUGGAAACCAUGUUACUCGCAGCCAGUGAAGGGAGAGUAAGUGGAGGAGAAGAUUUCUUUCAGAAGGUCAUGGAUGAAACGAGUACUCAGAUCGCCUGGCCCUCCAAACUGAAGAUUGGAGCCAAGUCCAAAAAAGAUCCUCACAUCAAGGUCAGUGGAAGGAGGGAAGAUGUGAGAGAGGCCAAAGAGAGAAUUCUGUCCGUCCUCGACACAAAGAGUAACCGUGUGACCCUGAAGAUGGACGUGUCGCACACAGAGCACUCUCACGUGAUCGGGAAAGGAGGGAAUAACAUUAAACGCGUGAUGGAGGAGACGGGCUGCCACAUCCACUUCCCUGACUCCAACAGGAACAGUCAGGGCGAGAAGAGCAAUCAGGUAUCUAUAGCAGGACAGCCAGCAGGGGUGGAGGCUGCAAGAGCUAAAAUACGGGAGUUGUUGCCAUUGGCUCUGAUGUUUGAGUGUGGUGGUCUGCUGGAGCCUCUGGACUGUAACUCUCCGAUUGUCCAGCACAUUUCUCAGUCCUGCAACGUCUCCAUCGCCUGCAAACCACCCUCACAUCUCUAUGGCAACACUGCUGUUGUCCGUGGCAACCAGAGCAACGCUGCUGCAGUCAAGCGUGGUACUGCUCUGCUCUUGGAUCACCUAGCUGGUUCAAUGGCUGGAUCUGUUCUGGUCAGCACUCAGCUGGACAUUGCGCCACAGCACCACCUGGCCCUGUUGGGACGAAACGGAGCCAACCUCAAACAUAUCACCCAACGCACUGGCGCCCACAUCCACUUCCCCGACCACAGCACGCACUCUCAUGCACAGGGCCACGCACGCCGCUCCACUGUCUACAUCCAGGGCAGUGUGGAAGCCGUGUGUGAUGCCCGACAGCAGCUAAUGGGCUGCCUGCCGCUGGUUUUAAUGUUCGAUGUUAAAGAGGAGGUGGAGGUAGAGACGCAGUGCAUUACAACUCUCAUGGAGCAGCUUGACGUCUUCAUCAGCAUCAAACCCAAACCCAAACAACCCAGCAAGUCUGUGAUUGUGAAGAGUGUUGAGAGGAAUGCUGAAAAUAUGUACGAGACUCGCAGGCUGCUGCUGGCUUUGGAAAGCGGCUGUGGAGCCUCUCCCGGUACUCCUGUUUCUCUCAGUACCCCUGUUUGUCCCGUUUCUUCUGGAGCUCCUUUUACUUCUGGUACCAGCAGUGUCCCGGUUAAUGGCCACUGCUCCUCCUCCUCCCCGCUCCUCAGCCCUGUGGGACUGGAUAUCCUGGCCUCAGCUGGACUGGGGCUAAGCACCCUAGGUCUUUUGGGUUCCUCAGGCAUUUCCACUCAUAGUUCGCCCAGUACAAACCCACCUCUGUCUGGACACAGUUCUGCCCUUAACUUACCAAACGGAGCAACCAGCACGCUACAGAACAGCAAUCACAAACACUCAAACACACCUAUACACACACACACUCUCACACCAUUAAACAGCCCUUCCCUCUGGACCAGUGCUCUUAGCACAGCAGCCAACACUGCAGUCUCUCUCCCAGGGUUCUCCUCUGUUCUGAUGCUGCAGUCUGUCUCUCAGGGUUCUCUCAGCGGUCUGCUGCUGUCUGGAGUCCGCGGUUACAGUCACAGUUCUACACACAGUCACACACACUCACCUACACAUGUUCAUUCACACACCCCCUCCCCUCCGCCAGGACUCGCACCUAUACACAAACCGGUGACUACAGAGCAGCUCAAAACACAUAUCCCAGGGUCUGUGUACCGAGGGAUUUCAUCAGUUUCUCUUACUGAAUCUAUGCUUGGCUCCACCCACUGUGACCCAGUCCAGGAAGUUAAUGGACACAACCAAUCAGAAGCUCUCUCCAGCAAAUCCAGCUCAGAUGAAGGUUCAGAUACGUUUGUUGAAGUGGGUAUGCCCAGAAGCCCAUCUCAUUCAGCCAAUGGCAGGGAGCUAAAGCAGAUGUUGGCAUCGUCAGGGAAACGGCAAACUGUGGAAUUGCUACAAGACACCAAGAAUUCCCAUCUCCAUUCAGAGUGCUUGCUGUCUGAUUCUGAAGCUGACGCUGUAGCUGAUAAGAGAGCUCCAGGCAGUGAGAGAGCGGCAGAAAGGAACAGGCUAGCACCUCAUAUACAGGACUAUGAGCAGAAGAAGCUACUCGCUACUAAAGCCAUGCUGAAAAAGCCAGUGGUGACCGAGGUGCGGACCCCCACCAACACCUGGAGUGGACUGGGCUUCUCCAAGUCUAUGCCUGCAGAGAGCAUCAAGCAGCUACGCAGAGCCAGCCAUGCAACUUAUAAACCUGCGGUCAGAACUACGUACGAGGGUCCUCCUCUUUCUUGUGUUGGGGGUGGGGAGGUGCUGAGUAAUGGCAGCAGCGGGGAGAGCUGGAGGGACAGAAAUGGAAGUGCUAUCGUCAACGGUAACGGAGCAGCAAACGAGUUCCCCUCUGCCAUCAGUCCUCCAGAGAGGAGCAAGAGCAGGACUGCUGUAGAUCAGUAUUUGAGCAGCAGCAACUAUAUGGACUGUAUCUCCUCCAUGGCUGGCAGUAAGGGCUGCUCUCUGAGCUCCUCUUUGAAAGGUACAGACCUGCCAGAGCUCUUCAGCACGCUGGGACUGGGCAAAUACACCGAUGUCUUCCAGCAGCAGGAGAUUGAUCUACAGACAUUUGUCACACUGACUGAUCCCGAUCUAAAAGAACUGGGAAUCUCAACAUUUGGAGCUCGUAGGAAAAUGCUGCUGGCUAUCUCAGAGCUGAAUAAGAGCCGGAGGAAACUCUUUGAGCCGACAAGCAUCCACUCCUCUUUCCUAGAAGGCGGCACGAGUAGACGUCUCUCACACCAGUUCCACAAUGACAUAACGAGCAUAAGUGGACGCUGGUGAGCUCCAAGCCUCCGGGACCCUGCAACAAAAUGACUGCCCUUCUGACAGUGCCUCUGCCUGGGCUGCACACACCCCAUCCCCUCCAUAAGUCUGGUGGAGUAUGUAGAGUGGAUACUCCAGAAAUAUAGUAUUAAAUUAUAUGCACCGAGUUAAAGAAUGUCACAAGUGCCAAAACAGGAGAAUCUCCUUAGACAUAUGAAGGGUCAGCUGCUACUUUAUAAGUGGUGUUAAGAGUUAAACGUUUGUAAAAUCAUGAAUAUCUGAUGCAGUAUUAAGUGAAAGGGUGCAGUUGUAGACGUAAAGUCUUGUGCGUUUGCCAUGAAGGAGCAGGAAAAAGCACAGGUGGGGGGAAAAAAAAACCGUUAUCAUUGGUACUCUUGCUGUUUCAGCAAGUAUCAGCAUAAAGCACUUUAAGACAGCUUUUACCUGUGGGUUUUUCAAGAGCAGUCAAUGCAGCUUGCAUAUGUUGAUGUGAUUCCAAAGCACUUACUGACCUUAAGUGUCUGGGCAGAGUUCAGAGUUUAUGCCUUAGAUCAGUUGAUUGGUCAUAUUCAUGUUCUUGAAAGUGCUCUGUUGGCGGUAGUCAGUGUUGUAAGGCUGCACUUAUUCCAGAUAUUUUAAAAGCUUAUUUUAGUAUUAACAGUUUAAUUUUAUGUUUGCCUUAAGAAGUAUCAUGAGUUUACAUUUUGUUUGCCACCUUUCUUACAUUCCGUUAUGAGUUUAUCAGUGGGUAGGUUUGGAUUAUGGCCUGAGAAUUACCGGUAUAGAGUGUAGAAUUUCUGCACUUUUUUGUAGGCCAGUGUUCAUAAGGCUGCAUGACUCUUGUGCAGGCACUUCAUAACAGCUAAUAUACACCUAUAAAAACUUAAUUUAGUAAGUGCGGUUGAACGUAAAGGUUGUAUUUGCCCAUUUUAAUUUGAACAGAGGGCAGUCAAAGCAUUGUUUUUUUUUUUUUUUUUUCUGUCAUUAAGUUGACAGACUUUGUAGCUCAGUGUUUUUCGCUGUCAUAUAUUUUAAAUUGCAGAGUCAGUUGUAAUAGUAAUUUCACCCAAUGAAGCAUCAUGACAUUAACCUGACUUGUGUUAUGUCAGCUUGACAGAAGAGUUGACAAAAGCAACCUUUUAUGACAAACAGUAUCUAUAGCAAUAAGCCUUAUAAAUGCUUAUUCCAGUUCAUAUCAGUCAUCAUGAGCUUAUGUAGGUGUCGUGUAGCAUUAUGAACACUUGAAUGUUACUAAAAUUUCCGUAGGGGGUCCAUUAGGGGGCAAUAGAAUUUUUUUUUUGUCUUAUCCACUUUAACCCCUUAUGCUCUCGGUCCAUAAAUCAGUUUUACCAUCCCAAAUUAGUUCAAUAGCAGGAAAGUCUCUGUUCUUUCCUACGAAAUUUGAUCUGAGAGGUGUAUUAGUUAUGAAAUCUUACACUUUCAAAGUGGGACCCAGCUUCCUGGCCCAUGGACGUAGCAUAAUAUAUCUUACUCCUCUACUAAUAACACACAUUACAUUGAAUCAGACACUUUAAAAGCCCAUUUCAUGAUUUACUAUAGUCUUAGUCUAGGCUAGCAUUUAGAUUUUCUGAUUUUCAAUGAAUUGUCCCCCAGCGUUCCUUAAAUUAAUGUUUUUUUCUCUUUCUUUUGACGAUUAUCCCAGGUCUGAACUCAUAUAAGAUGUUGAUAUAAAUUUGAACAGUUUGCAUCAUGUAUUUGAGGCACGCAGACGGUGAAAUGCAUUUCCAUCAGAUUUGAGGGAGAAAUUGUUUGUGUGUCUGUUUAUUGGUGGCCAUAUUUUAUUUCUUUAUAGUUUUUUUUUGAGUUUUUACAUAAUUUACUUUUAAUAUGUUGUUUUAUUGUUUUGUAUUUUUAGUUGGAGCAUCAUGUGUUUGUAUUGUUUUUUUCUAACAAGGGAUGUAUUCAGAAUUUAACCAUCAAAUGCCUUAUAGCCUCUGGAUUAUAAUGCGUACGCUUUGUUGGAAUAUUUUCUUGUAAGAACUGUACGUAAACGGUAGUGCAUUCAGAUAUGCAGGGAAGCCACUUUGAAAAUGCGUAUUAGCUUAUUGUUGUGACAAUCCUGAUUGUAUAAAACUUUUUUCUUUUUUUUUUAAACAUCUGGUUAGUUUUAUACGAGAGAAUCUUACAAAUGUUGCACAAGAGGUACCAUAAGUAGCCUUUGCUAGUAGCUUUUUUUUUUUCUUUUUCUUUUUUAGCCUUAUUUUGAGUUAUUGGUUAAUACUAAAUAUGCAGAUUUUCUUUUCUUACUUUACUGUAUCCGCCUCUAGAUUGGUUAAAAACUGCCAGACACAAUGGCUGAGAAGUCUAAAUUUAUAUAUACAAGGACCAAUACGUGUUAAAUACAUUUAAGAGAAGGGAUUCAGGCGACUUUGUUUAAAGCCUUAUAUUGAUUCUGAGCCUGAAAUUGAUCUUGUGUUUGACAAAUCAUGCCAGUUUGGAUGGAGUUCGUUACCACUAUGUUUUCAAAGCGUUUGACUCGAGCAGUAACUCAGACGUUGACUGGUUUCAGCAGUAUUUCUGGGGUGCGUUUUAUGAAGGAACAACUGGGUUGUUCUGUUGGCGGUUGUUGUCUUUUCUCCCAAAGUGGAGGUUUGUGGGAAUUGUAGUGAUUUCUUUUGGGAGAAAACCACACGAAAGAAAACACUAGAAAAGGCCCUGCUUUGGAUUCUUUGACAAAGGGAACAGAAUUAGUGUUUUUGCCUUUAAAAUCAGUGUCUUUGUAAUGGAAGAAAACAACUGGUCCACUGUGACUGUUGGAAUGUUGUCAUAGUGACCACAGUGAGACUGAUCCUAUCUGUGUGCUGCAGAGCUUUUUCUCUGCCGCAGGAACAAAAGAAGCAAGUAGUAAUGUUCAGGAAUAAUGUUCACUGAUUGUGAUUUCUGUCUCAAAAUAAAAAUAAAAAUAUGCAAAACUGCCAA